AUGUCCGAUAACGCUAGUUUGAAUUUUGACAAUGAUGACUCCGUUGACCCGAGUUGUAUGGGUUGUGAUUUAAUAAUCGAAGAAGGGAAUGUUGUUGCCUUCGGAGAAGGCAUAUGGCAUGUUCAAUGUGUAAUUAUUACUGAAUUCUCUCUUGUUUGUAAAGUUUCAAGUGCGCUAAAUGUCACAGCUUGGUUGUACACGAUUCCAACGUUUUAUUGUUAUCCGACGGAAAUCCAAUAUGUGAAAACUGUUCGUAUAGUUGCCACGUUUGCAGGAAACCUAUAUUAG